CCAAAAAAAAAAAAAAAAGAAAGGGUCCUUUCUCAAUUGCCACUCAACACAGUUGAGAAUCCUCGUUGCUAUUCGCAGCAACACACCAAAAAAAAAAAAGAAAAAAAAUCCCCACGACCAAGUACUCUUGGUGGUGGUGGUGGUCUUGUUCUUUUGGAUUCGGAUCCGACCCGCAUUGUGUCUCGGCUACAUUGUAAGCUGCCAAGAUGGUUGCGCAGGAGUUUACGGUCGAUUUGAAUAAGCCCCUUGUCUACCAGGUCGGCUAUCUUGGUGAAUCUUAUCAGGAGUGGGUUCACCAACCUAUUGUUAGCAAGGAAGGCCCUCGAUUUUUUGAGAGUGAUUUCUGGGAGUUCUUGACCCGCACUGUUUGGUGGGCAAUUCCAGUCAUUUGGCUGCCAGUUGUAUGCUGGGCCAUCUCCAAAUCUAUUCAAAUGGGCGUAUCGCUUCCUCUUAUAGCUUUCCUGGUGGCCUGUGGAAUUUUUCUGUGGACACUUAUCGAGUACUCAUUGCAUCGUUUCCUUUUUCACAUCGAUACAAAGAGCUAUUGGGGAAACACCAUUCAUUAUCUUCUUCAUGGCUGCCAUCACAAGCACCCAAUGGAUGGCUUGAGACUUGUUUUCCCACCGGCUGCAACAGCUAUCCUUUUAUUUCCAUUCUGGAACUUGGUCAAACUUAUGUCUACUCCUACAACUACUCCUGCUUUGUUUGGAGGUGGUUUACUGGGUUAUGUGAUAUAUGAUUGCACCCAUUACUACGUCCACCAUGGUCAACCAACAAGCAAAGUGCCUAAAGAUCUCAAGAAAUACCACUUGAACCAUCAUUUCAGAAUCCAGGACAAAGGCUAUGGGAUCACAUCAUCAUUCUGGGACAAGGUGUUCGGAACACUUCCCACAAUGAAAGCUGCUGCGAAAAGUAGAUAAUUUAUCUCAAUGAAGCAUCUGUUCAUUGGUUUCGAGUAGCGAGCUUCUGGGGUUUUUAACAUUUUUUCUCUCUAAAUAUUCUUUAAUCUGCUGUCUAUUUAUUUGAUGUAGUAUGUCAAUCCAAGAAAUACCUUCCUGGAUAGCUGCAUGCUUGCAUGUUGUGGACAAGUCAGUUUUUUGGGUGUUCCUUCCAUACAGGGGGAAAAGUACUGUAUAAAUAGAAUCUAUGUCAUGUUUGUUUAAGAAGGAAAAAGUCUCCUCUUGUUUCA